AUGGCCCCUCGCAGUCAAAAGUUCAAUCUGGGGAACGAUGUUGCGAUACACGCCAUAAUCAGCAGCCCACCCUGCCGCUCUGCCAAGCCUGCGCUUGUCUUCCUCCACUACUGGGGAGGAUCGUCCAGGACCUGGCAAUGGGUGGUCCGUCACCUUUCUGACGAGUACCAAAUUGUCUCGCUGGAUUUUCGAGGCUGGGGGGAAUCGUCUGGCCCCGCCUCCGAGGAUGCCUACUCCAUGAGUCUACUCGCAUCUGACGUAGAAGCCGUCGUAGAGCAGCUCGGUCUGGGCGACUUUACCCUGAUAGGGCUCUCCAUGGGUGCCAAGGUAGCUCAGGUGGUGGCUGCGCGCAGCCCUGCCGGUCUCAGAUCCAUUAUCCUGCUCAGCCCUGCGCCGCUAUCCUCAUGCCGACUACCGCCAGAGAUGAAGGACCAGCAAAUGACGGCUUACGAGAGCAUUGAUACCGCAACUUUUGCUACAUUGAAUGUGUUGACUGCAUCUUCUCCUGCGAAAGAUGUAGUCGACGUACUGGUUGCAGAUCAGCUGCGAGGAAACGUGUGGGCAAGAGCUGCUUGGCCGAGGUACGGGAUGGAGGAGGACUUUGCAGAGCUGACCGAUGCUAUACGAGUCCCAGCGUUAGUAUUGGCAGCGGAGAAAGAUGUGGUUGAAACCCCAGAGAGAGUGAAGAAAGAGGUUCAUGAUAGAAUAAGGGAGUCUCAGUGGGGUUUAAUCCUAGGUAGUGGCCAUCUAAGCCCCGUGGAUUGUGCCGAGGAAGUCGCCAACAGAAUCAGAUGCUUUGUGUGA